AUGCCGGGCGCCCUCAAGGCACCGCUCCUCUACCUGAACCGCAUCAUCGGCCAUCAGUCGGCGAAGAACCACAUGACUAAAAUCAAGCUGGGGAACACCGACGCCCUGAAGGAUGACUCCGACAAGAGCCAGCUCAAGAACAUCUACGAGAAGCGCGCCAAACGACAAUCCGCCCAACAGGAAAGAAAGUCAAUGCAAUCGAAACGCAAGGAGGAGGAGGAGGCCAGACGCGCAGAGGAUGCCCCGGAGCUCCGCGAAAGCUACGGCACCGUCACGUCCACCGCUCUACCAGAGUCUUCAAAAAUUGACGGCUUGUCGACGUCCCAAAUUGGCCAGACUGUGAGCUUCACCGCCCGCCUACACCAUGUGCGCAACAUCAGUGCCAAGCUGGCCUUCGUCCUCCUGCGCCAGCAGAUGACCACGAUACAGGGCGUGCUGCAAGUGAAGGAUGGCGCCGUGUCCGAGCAGUUCGUCCGCUGGGCCGAGCAUCUCAAUGCCGAAUGUAUAGUACACGUCAAGGGCGAGGUUCGCCAACCUCCGGACAAGGUCAAGACCACCUCCAUCCACGACGUUGAGAUCCUCAUCCACAGUAUGCACGUACUGGUCCCUGUGGAUAACUCCUUGCCCAUCGACGUCUUCGGCAUGGACCAAGUCGAAGAGGAUGAAGAAACUCAUGAGAAGCGAUUGGCCGUGUCCAACCGAGUUCGCACUGCCAACCGCAUCAUCUACCUGCGCACGCCAGUCAUGCAGAGUGUUUUCCGCAUCCGUUCGACCAUCUGCGCCAUCUUCCGAGCCACCCUCUCCGACCAAGAUUUCAUCGAGAUCCAGACCCCCAAGUUGCAACCCGCGGCGACCGAGUCGGGAGCUUCGGUCUUCCCCGUCAAGUACUUCGGAAGACAGGCUUUCUUGGCCCAGAGCCCGCAGCUGGGGAAGCAGAUGGCCAUCUCUGCCGACUUUGGUCGUGUUUUCGAGAUUGGCCCCAUCUUUCGGGCCGAGGACAGCAACACCCACCGACAUCUGACCGAGUACACGGGCUUAGACCUGGAAAUGCAGAUCCAGAACGAUUACCACGAAGCCAUGAACAUCAUUGACACCAUGUUGAAGGCCAUCUUCAAGGGCGUAUACGCUAAGCACCGGAAGGAGAUCGAAAACGUCAAGGAGCGAUUCCCACACGAGGACCUUGUCUGGCUGGAGCAGACACCUAUCCUGCCCUUCAAGGAGGGAAUACGGAUCUUGAACGAGUCGGGAUGGACUGACGAUGAUGGCAAGCCGGCGUCGGAGAAUGAGGAUCUUGCAACUCGCGCCGAGAUUCGUCUCGGAGAGCUGAUCAGGGAGAAGUACAAGACUGACUACUACAUCCUCGAUAAGUUUCCUACGUCCGCCCGGCCUUUUUAUACGCACCUCGAUCCGAACGACGACCAGGUCACCAACUCAUUCGACAUCUUCCUCCGCGGCCAGGAAAUUACCACCGGUGGACAGAGAAUCAACAACCCGGUGCUUCUGGCCGAGAGGAUGAAAAAGGCGGGCGUCGAACCGGACACCAUGGAAGAAUACAUGCAAGCUUUCGAGUGGGGUGCCCCGCCGCACGCCGGAUGCGGUAUUGGACUUGAACGUGUUCUGUUUCUCCUGUUGAACUUGGGCGAUGUUCGUAACGCGUCGAUGUUCCCCCGCGAUCCCAAGUCGUUGCCGGCCAGGGCUCCCACCGACGAUCUGACGAUACCAUUCCCCGAAGCCGACACCAUCCGAUAUACAUUCGAAGGCGACCAUACCCACGUCCACCUACCCGACCUCGAGAAGCUUAUUGUGAACUACGGCGACGCGACCAACACUUCCUGGCUUGACGACCGAUACAAGGUGUGGCGAGAUACCGACACGGGUGCUGCCGUAGGCUAUGCCGCAGAAAAUGGGUAUGCGCUGAUCAUGGGCAACCCGCUCUGCGAUUCGCGACAAUAUCCUGCCGUCAUCGGCUCCUUCCUCAGGUAUCUGAAGAAGGACGAGGAUCUGAGACCCAUCUGGUUAUUGGUGGGUGCACAAGUCGAGGAGAUCCUCGGAGCCAAACUGGGCUGGCGGACACUCACGACCACCGCCGAGGAGCGCGUCGAUGUGAACAACGUUGGUAAUGUGGCCAAGAAGGAGCGACAGGCCAAGAACGCCGACGUCAAGAUCCACGAAACUCAAUUAGGCGAGCCCGUUCCCGAGGAAAUCAAGGCCAAGUGCGACAAGCGUAUUGCCGACUGGAAAGAGGGCCGCAAGGGGAAGAAGCAAGUCCACAUCACGGAGGUUCAGCCGUGGAUCUCCAUGGCCCACCGACGAUAUCUAUGGGCGGAGAACAAGCAGGGCGAAAUCGUGGGAAUGGUGAUUUUGCACCGCCUAUCACCAGCCAACGGCUACCAGAUCAAGUUUGCUCUCGACUUCCCCGGCUCGCCAUCCGGCAGCAUUGAGGCGUUGAUCUCGCACUCUAUCCGGAGUUUACAGUCGUCCGGCGUGAACAGCGUGACGUUCGGUACCGGUGCCAUGUCCGAGCUCGCUGUCGGCCACAACCUCAACGGUAUCAAGGCCAAGAUCCUGAGUCAUACGUACAAGACGGUCGCUCAACAACUGAAGCUGGUGGCCAAGAGCGAGUUCCGCGAGAAGUUCGGCGCGAAGAACGACCCAGUGUACAUCUGUUAUCCCUUCAUGGGUCUCGGCGUCUCGGGCGCAAGGACGUUGAUCAAGUUCUUUGAGGAUGAGAUGUAG